AUUCAAAAUAGCAUCGACCCAUAAAAUCACUCUCCUCACUACCUCCACGAACCACGCAUAGCUGGAAUCACAGUCACGCACAACACGUUCACAAUGCACUUCACUACUCCAGCCCUCGUUGCUCUGCUCGCUGCCCCUCUGGCCGUGGCCGCCCCAACUCAGGCAUCUGAUUACAAAGAGAGCUGCAAGAAGGACUUUGACAAGGUGUGGAACUCACACGAUGACAAGUGGUGGAAGAAGGAAAAGACCUUCUACUUUGACGCUGAGUAUGUCGUAAAGGCCACUCCCGACCAAGUCAUUGCCAACAGCGGCGUUCCUACACCCGGUGAGAACGGUGCACGCGGCCUUUUCAAGUACGGCAUCAAUGUCGCAGAGAAUGUAAUCUGCUACAACAUUACCCUCAGCGGCGUGACUGGCCAAUAUCAGAGCCCAGCGAUUACCGCGACACACAUCCACGAGGGCGUCAAGGGCAAGCCCGGCCCCCCUCGCCUGGCCUUCCCUAACCCCACUGGUCCCGACUACCGCCGUAACUCUGUCGGAUGCUUGAAGGGCCCCUUCUUCGUCAACGUAACCAACCCAGCGACCGGUAAAGACCAAGCCGAUGGCUUCCACGUCUCCCAGAUUGUAAAGAACCCCAAGGGUUUCUUUACCGACUCGCAUACCUCCAAUUUUACUGCUGGCGCUGUUCGCGGGCAGCUUCCUGGCUACUAAACGCGAUAUUUCGGGGUCUGCGAGCAUGAGAAGUCGUGGAUCAGAAGUGUGUGUGAGGAUAGACGAGAAAAUUCAUCAAGCUCAGU